AAGAGACCGCUCUCCCAAUGCAUUCAUGAUCUUACCGGACGACGAGGACGGCUCGUCCAAACUCAAGUCGGUGGAGGCGCCGACUCUUCGUCUUCCCGAGCGCGCGGCAUAUGGAUCCGCUUCCCACCUUCCUGACUACGAAACGUCCCAAGCACAACAAGUCGAAACACCGGCACCUGUUGUAUCGAAGGGGCCGAAGGACGUUCCUCACCGGUUCGACCCCCGCAUCUGGCGGGCGGUCCUCAUCGCCCUUGGAAUCUAUGUCUUUCUGACUAUCAUCAUCGGCACCCCUCUUUUUCUCACUCUCAAAAACCGAAAACAAGUUAAUCCCCCCCAUUCAAGAAUCUAUAUCUCGGAGACAGCAUCCCCGCCCCACCUCUUGACUUCGCUCUGGGCUUGAAUGGAGUACCGAAGACAGGAAACAACUGCAUCGCACUUCCCGCGGCAGCAUUUGAUGGAUUAGUCUAUUCUACGAGCUUCGAAACCCUCCUGUCAUUCCGGGGAGCACUUUCCAUACGAUCCAACGUCACCGACGAUAACCCUACCCACUCGAAAUGGAAAGGGAUUCACACUCUGACGGUAGAAUCGAGCGAUGAUUUAGUGGGUACACAGACGCUGCUUUCAUUCUCCGUCAAUACAUCGGAUCCAUCAUAUCUCGAUAUGGUCCACCUCUGUUUGAAUACAGGAUGGCCAGGAAUCUAUCUUUAUUAUCCCGAGGGGAUCGAUGUAGAUGAUAUGCUGAGCUUUGAUAUCCGAUUGACUGUCCCGCGGCGCUCAAACCCACUGUCCGAUGUGUCCACUUUUCUACCCAUGUUUCAACAAACGUUCGGUGGCGGACUUGCCUUCCAAACAAUCAAUCUGGCGGGAUCUGGCUCCCACAUAAGCUGCGAUGUGAACGCGAAGUUUCUGUGGUUGCGCUGUUUUCUAAAUGGUUCCUAGACCCUGCAAGCGAAGAUGAUAGCAGUCAAGACUUCCUUUGCAAGCAUCUCAGGGACAUUUCUCGUUUCCGAGUCCCUUAGAGUGGAAAAUGUCGAGGGGCCCAUCAACAUCAAUGCCACAUUAUUGGACGCCGGCGAAUCUGACCGAUUCACUUACCUGUCCAUCGAAAACGGCAACAGGCGAGGGAACCCUACACUGUCUCUUCCUUGUCGCUCAUUUUCCCUAGCUCGAUUGUUGCGAAUGUCACAUUGGAAUCAAGCGGCCCCGACCCCGCCAAGUACUACGCGUCUGUCAAGACAUACAACGCCCCGCUCACACUGCACGUUCGCCACGAAAAUAACACACCGUCGUCGAUGUUGGCGUUGGACGUUCAGAACAGCCAAGCCCCCACUGCAGUCACUGUUGACUCCAAAUUUUCAGGGUUCUAUGAUAUUCACACGCAAGCAAGUUGGGCCCAAGUCAAUCGGGGGAGCUCGCUGCAGGACCCGACCGGCAAAUCACGGCUAUACAUCCCCCAAGUCUUUGCCAAGUCCUGGUCCACGAGCAGAGGCUGGUUGGGGUGGAAUCCUCAUUCGUCACCUCCAGAUCCAUCCGCGGGCCAUGUUGAGAUUGGCUCGUCAUUGGGCCCGAUUUCGUUGAACGUUGACAAUUGAUCGCAUUGCUAUCCACAUCUAUGUUGUACACUACACCUAGUCUUUAUCCACAGGUAUAUUAUUCUCUCUCGGCCGAACUCUACCAGACAUCUCACGCGCUGACAAAAAAUAUGGACCUUUGAUCCAGCAGUGCCGGCGGGUCGGACUGGUGUACCGAAAGUCAGGAUCUGACCCCGCGUGCGUGCGCUGUGACGGAGCUCGGACUUUGGAACCGAAGAAAACAACUCGUCGUGUGUUCAUGUCGGGAGAAGAUGGUUACGAUCGCAGUCAAAGAGAUGCGGACACGCAUCGGGAAUCAGUCCUAGGUGAUAUUUAUAUUUGACUCGGUAGAAGGCCACAUCAUAUUCGGAAUGCAAGAGGAAGUUUGGCGCAGAA